UCAUGUUCUCGGUUUAUGUUUUUCCCUUUCGGUUACGCUGUGCUUUCUUUCCUUUUUAUUUCCUCUUUGCUGAAAUUCCUCAGCCUCUCUCUGAAUCAAUGGCGGCGGAAGCUCCCUGUGCCUCGAGCAAGCUCUUCAUUUUAUUCAUUUAGCCAAGUGGAAAGGGGACCAAGAGGUGAUCAAAGCGAUUCCUUUUUUUUUCUUUUUUUCUCUCCCCCAGGAGCCAAGGGCAGCAUGGCGGUGACAGGUGACUCUUCGGAGCUGGAGUGGGCGAUCCAGACCCUGGUGAAGAAUUAUGACAAAUAUUCUGGCAAAGGAUGUUGUUGCCGCAAACGACGCGGGAUCAGCAAAUCCGAUUUCAGAAAAAUGCUCAGCCACGAACUGAACCACAUGUUGACGGAUACCAAGAACAGGCAGGCGGCCGACAAACUGAUCUGCGACCUGGAUGAGAAUCAAGACGGGGAGAUCAACUUCGACGAAUAUUGGAACUUGAUUGGGGGCAUCGCCAGCCCCAUCUCUUGCCUGAUCCGACAGCAGGAGGAGAGCGAGAAAUUCAAAAAAUAAAGGCGGCCGUUG